AAUCCGGGGUAAUUGUCACCGAUCCCCAUGGUUGUUGAUCACAACAAUGCUCGAUUGAUACAGUUUAAUUCAACGCACGAAUGGCCCCAUAUAUUUUUCUGUAACUGAAGAUGAUGAACAUAAUAGUUUCUUCAUUCAACAGUCACAAUUUAUAAUAUAAGGUUAUAGAUCCUAGAUCUACUGGCACAGAAGUAUCGCCAUACAAAAGUGAUCACCGGAAGUGUGUUGCGACUUGAGUGAAGAACCCUUUGUCCAGUGGUCAGAAGCCUUACCCAAGUACAGGGACCUGGUCUGGCAGAGGGACAUGAGAAUGAGGAGAGGCCCUCGCUGCUAUGUGGUGGGCGGGGUAGUGGCUCUUGUCUUGCUGUUUCUGUACGUGAGUGACCUCACGUAUAUCUCCGCCUUUCUGAACCAGAAGGUGCCGAUCCACCGACCCGUAAUCCCGUGGGAGGAUGUCAAGCGCAAGUACAAUCCGUCUCAACCUCGGCUUAUGAUAUCGUUCAAGGGCCGUUUGGGUAACCAUAUGUUUGAGUAUGCCACGCUCGUGGGUAUGGCGGAGAAGUACAACAUGACUCCGAUUAUUCCUGGUAGCUUGGACGUCUUAGACGUUUUUAACCUCCCCACUCCCCAGGGGGAUAGUAACUUGCUUCGGAGUCCUCUGGAAUACAAUGAAGAAAUGACAGCAAAAUAUUCUAAAGUCGUAGAAACUUUGAACCCCAAAAGAGACACAUACCUGGUGGGGUAUUUUCAGUCCUGGAAGUACUACAAUCACAUACGACAAAAGCUCUUAGACAAGUACUUUGUGUUCCAUGAAAACAUUCAAAAGGCAGCAGAGAGGUAUAUUGCCAAUGUUUUAGAAGAGCGGAACAAAAAGGGGGCUGUGGUGGUGGCGAUUCAUGUCCGGAGGGGAGACUUUGUGCGUCAGCGGGUGAAAGGUUUCACCGUGGCCCCAAUCCCGUAUUACUACCGGGCUAUGGCGUACUUUCGGAAGAAGUUUGACAACAUAAUGUUUAUCAUCUGUACCAACGACUUUGUUUGGGCCGAGACGUACCUGGACUCUGGCCCCGACAUCCACUACUCUCAUGAGACGGAUGGUGCCCUUGACCUUGCCAUCAUGGUCAACAGCAACCACAUUAUCAUCACGUCAGGCUCUUACUCUUGGUGGGCUGGCUACCUAGUCCGCGGCGAGGUUGUCUACUAUGCAGGCUACCCGAAACCCAACACGAUCAUCGGGAACCAGACGGUUAAAGCUGACUACUACCCUCCCUGGUGGAAACCGCUGUUGUAGCUGCUGUGUUCUGCUAGCUGUGCUGGACUCAGACUAAAAGUGUUGUGGGGUGCUUAAAAGUCCUCCCCCCCCCCCCCCCACCACCUGCCCCAUAUCCC